GCCCUCCCACCAGCUUCCUGUUCCGGAGCCGGGGCGCCAGGUGAGCCAUGUCUUUCCAUUCUGGGCGAGGAUGUCCCCGUGGUCAGGGGGGACCAGGAGCAAGAACUUCAACACAGACCUACCGCCCUCAGAACCUACGGCAGCUUCACCCACAACAGCCUUCCAUACAAUACCAGUAUGACCAGCAAACUGUCCCUCCAACAACCUAUUCAAACCCUCCAGCCACUGGUUACAUACCUCCCAGGCCAGACUUUGUACCCUACCCUCCACCAGUGCCCCCUUCCACACAAAAUCCUAUCAGCCAGUGUCCCAUGAGGCCACCAUUUCCAAACCACCAGAUGAGGCAGAGCUUCCCAGUGCCUCCAUGCUUCCCUCCUGCUCCUCCGCCAGUGCCAAAUCCUAGCAACGCUCCUGUGCCAGGAACUCCUGCUGGGCAAAGCACCUUUCCUUACAUGAUGCCUCCUCCCACAGUACCGCAUCCUCCCCCACCACCCGUCAUACCACAGCAAGUCAACUACCAGCCUGUGUACUCCACAGGGUAUUCACAGCAGUCGUUCCCACCACCUAACUUCAAUAGCUACCAGCACAACUCUGGCUCCUUUCAGAGCAGCACUACCAAUGCCAGUGGCAGCAGCAGCCAUUUUCGGCACACGGGUCAGUACCAAGGUGAGAAGUCGCAAAGUGAUCGGCGGUCUCCAGACAGGAGCAAGCACUAUGAUGAGCACCGACAUCGUGAACAUGGUCAUAUCCAUGGUGACAGGCAUCGGUCAACUAACCAUGGGGAUCGUCGGGAUCGAGGCCGGAGUCCAGAUAGAAGGCGGCAGGAAAGCAGUCGGCACCGGGCAGAUUAUGACCGAGGAAGAAUAUCACCUCAUCACAGAAGUUAUGAGCGUAACAGGGAGCGGGAGCGGCAUAGACACCGUGACAGCAGAAGAUCACCAUCACCAGAUAGAUCCUACAAAAAAGAUUACAAGAGAGCAGGAAGCCGGUCUCCAAGCAGAGAGAGAAAGAGACCUCGAUGGGAAGAGGACAGAGAAAGGUGGUCUGAGAACCAGAGCUCUAACAAAGAGAAAAGUUAUACUGCUAUCAAAGACAAAGAAUCAGAGGAGAACGCAUCUGAAAAAAAUGAAGAGGAAGAUGAGGAAUUACUUAAGCCAGUCUGGGUUCGAUGCACCCAUUCUGAAAGCUAUUAUUCCAAUGACCCUAUGGAUCAAGUGGGAGACUCUACUGUGGUAGGAACAAGCAAGCUCCGAGAUCUGUAUGAAAAGUUUGAUGAGGAGUUAGGAAAGCGACAGGCAAAGGCCAAAGCAGCCAGGCCUCCGUGGGAGCCACCAAAGACCAAGCUAGAUGAAGAUCUAGAGACCUCCAGUGAGUCAGAGUGUGACUCCGAAGAUGACAGCAGCUGCUCUAGCAGUUCAGAUUCUGAAGUUUUUGAUGUCAUUGCGGAAAUAAAGCGUAAAAAAGCACACCCGGAUCGACUCCAUGAAGAACUGUGGUACAAUGAUCCAGGACAGAUGAAUGAUGGACCUUUAUGCAAGUGUAGUGCUAAAGCCCGACGAACAGGAAUAAGACAUGGCAUUUAUCCUGGCGAAGAGCCCAUUAAACCAUGUCGCCCCAUGACCAACAAUGCUGGAAGACUAUACCACUAUCGAAUAACUGUGUCACCUCCCACAAACUUCUUAACAGACAGACCUACUGUUAUUGAGUAUGAUGAUCAUGAAUAUAUCUUUGAAGGGUUCUCAAUGUUUGCACAUGCCCCACUAACAAAUAUUCCUCUCUGUAAAGUAAUCAGAUUUAACAUUGACUAUACAAUUCAUUUCAUUGAGGAGAUGAUGCCUGAGAACUUUUGUGUGAGAGGUCUUGAGCUGUUCUCUUCGUAUCUAUUCAAAGAUAUUUUGGAACUCUAUGACUGGCAUCUUAAAGGUCCUUCACUUGAAAAUGAUGCUAUUUCCUGCCCCAGGUUUCACUUCAUGCCACGAUUUGUGAGAUUUCUUCCAGAUGGAGGAAAAGAAGUACUCUCGAUGCAUCAGAUUCUUCUCUAUUUGUUACGAUGCAAUAAAGCUCUGGUGCCUGAAGAAGAGAUUGCCAACAUGCUUCAGUGGGAAGAAUUGGAAUGGCAGAAAUAUGCAGAAGAAUGCAAAGGGAUGAUAGUUACCAGCCCUGGCAUGAAACCCAGCUCAGUUCGUAUUGAUCAACUGGACCGUGAACAGUUCAAUCCUGAUGUAAUUACUUUCCCCAUUAUUGUCCACUUCGGGAUACGACCUGCUCAACUCAGUUAUGCUGGAGAUCCUCAAUACCAAAAGCUGUGGAAGAGUUAUGUGAAGCUACGUCAUCUGCUGGCUAAUAGUCCCAAAGUCAAACAGGCUGAUAAACAGAAAUUGUCACAAAGAGAGGAAGCGCUGCAGAAAAUUCGUCAGAAGAACACAAUGAGACGUGAAGUGACUGUUGAGUUGAGUAGCCAGGGAUUCUGGAAAACAGGAAUACGCUCUGAUGUCUGCCAGCAUGCAAUGAUGCUUCCUGUCCUCACCCACCAUGUCCGCUACCAUCAAUGUCUGAUGCAUUUGGACAAAUUGAUAGGCUACACUUUUCAAGAUAGGUGCUUGCUGCAGCUUGCCAUGACUCAUCCAAGCCAUCACUUAAACUUUGGAAUGAAUCCAGAUCAUGCCAGAAAUUCCUUAUCCAACUGUGGGAUUCGACAGCCAAAGUAUGGAGAUAGAAAAGUUCACCAUAUGCACAUGAGAAAAAAAGGGAUAAACACCCUGAUAAAUAUCAUGUCCCGUUUGGGACAGGAUGAUCCAGCUCCUUCCAGGAUUAACCACAACGAGCGUUUAGAAUUUCUGGGAGAUGCUGUGGUGGAGUUCUUAACAAGUGUCCACUUGUACUACCUGUUUCCCACUCUGGAGGAAGGAGGAUUAGCUACAUACCGCACUGCCAUUGUACAGAACCAACACUUGGCCAUGCUGGCUAAGAAGCUGGAACUAGAUCGAUUCAUGCUUUAUGCUCAUGGUCCAGACCUUUGCAGGGAAUCGGAUCUCCGCCAUGCCAUGGCCAACUGCUUUGAAGCCCUAAUCGGAGCUGUUUAUCUAGAGGGGAGCCUAGAAGAAGCAAAGCAAUUAUUUGGACGUUUGCUCUUUAAUGACAAGGACCUGCGGGAUGUAUGGCUUAAUUAUCCACUACACCCACUCCAACUGCAGGAGUCCAACACUGACAGGCAACUCAUUGAGACCUCUCCAGUACUUCAGAAGCUUACAGAAUUUGAGGAAGCAAUUGGAGUCAUCUUCACUCACGUUCGGCUUCUGGCACGUGCAUUCACUUUGAGGACAGUAGGCUUUAACCAUCUGACUCUAGGCCACAACCAGAGGAUGGAAUUCCUGGGUGACUCCAUAAUGCAGUUAGUAGCCACGGAGUAUUUAUUCAUACAUUUCCCUGAUCAUCAUGAAGGGCACUUAACGCUGUUGAGAAGUUCUUUGGUGAACAACAGGACACAGGCCAAGGUGGCAGAAGAGCUGGGUAUGCAAGAAUUUGCCAUCACUAAUGACAAGACAAAAAGACCUGUAGCUCUUCGAACUAAGACUUUGGCUGAUCUCUUGGAAUCCUUUAUUGCUGCCCUGUACAUUGAUAAAGAUUUGGAAUAUGUUCACACUUUCAUGAAUGUAUGCUUUUUUCCACGGCUAAAGGAGUUUAUUUUAAAUCAAGAUUGGAAUGAUCCUAAGUCUCAGCUUCAACAGUGCUGCUUGACUCUCAGAACAGAAGGAAAAGAGCCAGACAUUCCUCUUUACAAGACUUUGCAGACAGUGGGACCAUCUCAUGCCAGGACAUACACAGUAGCUGUUUACUUCAAAGGGGAAAGAAUAGGAUGUGGUAAAGGCCCAAGUAUUCAGCAGGCGGAAAUGGGAGCUGCAAUGGACGCCCUUGAAAAAUAUAACUUUCCCCAGAUGGCCCAUCAGAAACGGUUCAUUGAACGGAAGUACAGACAAGAGUUGAAAGAAAUGAGGUGGGAAAGAGAGCAUCAAGAGAGAGAGCCAGAUGAGACUGAAGAAACAAGGAAAUAAAAGGAGGGUGCAGAAGCAGUGGCAUAUUUACUUACUUAAUAACUCUGACAGUGGCCUACGGAGACCUAACCUAGUUUCUUGCAGAUGAUGGAUGAAGAGUGCCUGUUGAUAUCAAAAAGAAAAUCAUUAUCUCUUCUUAAAAAAAGUGUGUGUGUAUAUAUAGUAUUUCUUUAGUUUGGUUUUAAGUGCAAAGUUUGUUUGGCUUUUUAAUAAGAUUUGGUUUUAAAUCCUUUUCAUAAAAAAUUGUGGGAUUAUUUUUACUGUCUUGUAUGAAGUAAUAAAAUAUUAAUUUCAAAAGCUUGUAGGAGGAAAAGCUGUUCAACAAUUGUCUCCUAUGUCCAAAUGCAGUUUUGUCAGUGACCAGCAAAGUUAUUGCAUGAAUUUCACAGUGGAGGAGGAAAGUGUUAUGAAAAAUUAAUUCAGCAGAGCACUUAAGCAUGUAUCUAACAAGUUUUUCAGCUAAAUAUACUUCUUGACUUUGCAAAGCCAGAGCCUCAAAUUUCAGGUCCUUUUACAGAAACUGGUACAAUAUUUUAAGCAAAGGAGAUAAUCACUUUUGGUUUAAAUAGUAGUUUUAACAUCUGGAAUGUGACAUGGGUUUGUGUGGAAUGGUGGGGGAGUUGUCUUUAAAUCAGUAAUAUAAAACUCUAAGAAAAAGAAGAAAAAAGGUAAUUACUAAGCAAGAACAUGACAACUUUUUUUGUGGACAAUGUACUACUAAGUUUACAUUUUUAACUUUAGUUUAAUUCUCAACUUCCUACUGUAUCAAACUAGUGUCUACUUCAAUGGAUUUAUUUUUCCAGAAGAUACCAGUAUGGCCAUAGUAGUCAAAAUGUGUAUCAGCAGCUCCGUACAGGCACUGUUCCAGAUAGGUUCAUUGAAAACUUUUUUUGUCCAAAGGAGAGCAGAAUUUGUCCUCGAGGUAUGAUUCAGAGGUGUGUCCCAUAUUAGACUGACAGAUGUUUCAUCUCUAAAACCUCUGAACAGUACCAAAAGUAGAACAUCCACCGUGUCUGUUGGUGCAUUUUCCCGCUAACAGCUUCAUCAUAGUUCUUGAUGUGUUGUUUGUACUUUUAAUUUCAACCCAUUCAUUUUCCCUAUGGUGAGUUCUGAGUCAAAACAAUUUCAUACUACAUAUUUUGUAACCAUUUCUCUUAUCUUUCUUUUCUGAUAAGUGAAACAAUUACAGUGCUUAUUUUCCUUAACUGCACAUUUUCUUCCUGCUUCAGAUCCUUUUUUGUUGAGUUAUUUAUCCAUCUUUUCUGAUGUAGAUAACACAGACGUAUCUGAUAAGAUACCAAGCAGCUUCAUAAGCAUGGAUGUACGAGAAUUCAAGCUCCUGAAAAGCUUCUGCCCAAUGGUUAUGCUACACUGAUCGUCUAAUUCAGGAGUUGUCUGAACUACCUUUCUAUAGGUGUGCAAUGGACAUCCAUGGAAGCACUUUAUUGCAGGUGCCAAAGUAGACACAAGUGUAGCUGAAAAGUUCAGACUACCCAAACGUCUUCCCAAAGUUUCUUCUGAGCUAUUCAAUAUGUGUAUUUUCAUAAGCACAUUUUUGUACACAGGCAAUGUGAGAUGCACUUAAAUGAGGGUUUUUUUAUAAACUUGACCCCACAGCACUACCUCACUUCUUACAGCUCCUAUGAUUGCCUUUUCUUAAUGGAUUGAUGCUUUCAAUCCAUUUCAGAGGAUGAGAGAACAAAAACGCCAAACACAUUCUCUAAUUUAGAGACUGAUAAUAAACCAUUAAAACAUAAAGGAGGGGAUAAAAACAAGGAGAUAAAGGCAAGGAGCUUCUUUCUGCUGGAUAUUGUUGUUCUUUGACUUUUGAGAAGUGAUUGUAACUCCUUAUAGCUUCAACCUGUAAAUAAAAAGCUGAAAUGCCUCUCAGCAGCAGUUGGCUUGAAAAGCAAGCAGCAACAACUCCCUUGCCCUCAAGUCUUCUGUGUUUCAAAUUCUUUUGUAGAAUUGCCCAUCUGCUUCUAGCAGUAAGUUGAAAUGGUGCAUUGGUAGAGGGUUACGGGUAAUUGUAUACAGCAUUAUUUUCUUUUUCCAUCCUAACUGUGACCAGAUUAAUGUGUUUAACAAAUAGAACCCGAGUGACUUCAUUUUCAGUUGUAUGGUUGCAUUGCAAAUUUCUCUUAUCAUAUCUGAUAAUCCCCAGAGCACUGCAGUGGAAUCAUUAGCUUAUAGGUUAACAUUACUUUUUUUCUUCCUAUACAUCAUUUUACUUUUCAGGCAUAAAAAUACUGUGAACUUACUUAUAAACAUGUCCAUAAAAUAGAUCUAAUUUAUCAGGUACACUGUUUUGGGGGAGGAACGCACAACUGUUCUUUUUUCUUCUUUGUUGCAGAAUUUGCUUAAAAACAAACAGCUUGAAACAAUUUCUACAUUCCAUUACUACAGUUAAUGAUUUUUAGGUCCUCCUCAAUAAAAUGUAGAUGGUAACCAUUUUUUUCAUGAGUGGGCUAUUUUCCAUUUUUCCACUGUAUAUGCAUGGCCUAAGAAGAUCGCCUGAAGAAAUUUUGUUUUCUUUGUCUUGAGGGAGAAAACAAAGUAAAAGGUGGAAAAAUUCACAUUUCCUUUGUCUACGUCAAAACUAUAGUGUCUUUAUCUGUAUGCACUGUCUAAAACCAGUGGCUGUUUCUAAUAACUUAAGGUGAUGCAUAGAAUGUAAUGUGAGCACAGCCCUUUAUAACUCACGCUAAGGAGAGAAAGUUGCUUCUUUAAGUUGCCUUAAAUUUGGGAAAAAUAAUCAGAAGAGGUGUGACCAGUAGGUAGAGGGAGAUGAUUCUGCCUUUCUACUCUGCUCUCAUGAGACCCUACCUGGAAUACUGCACUCUAGUCUGAAGUCCUCAGGAUGGGAAGGACAUGGAAUUGUUGGAGUGAGUCCAGAGGAGGACUAAGAAGAUGAACAGAGGGCUGGAGCACCUCUCCUACAAAGACAGGCUGAGUGAGUUGGACUUGUUCAGCUUGGAGAACAGAGGUCUCUGAACAGUCCUUACAGCAGCCUUCCAGUACUUAAAGGGGGCCUACAGGAAUAAUGGGGAGGGGCUGUUUGUCAGAGAGUGCAGUGACAGGAUGAUGGAUAAUGAUUUUAAAUUGAAAGAGGAUAGAUUUGUAUUGGAUAUGGGGAAUUUUCUUACUGUGAGGGUGGUGAGGCAAUGGAACAGGUUGUCCAGCAAAGUUACUGAUGCCCCAUCCCUGGAGGUGCUCAAGGCCAGGUUGGAUGAGGCUUUGAGCAACCUGACCUCGUGGAAGGUGUCCGUGCCCAUGGCAGGGAGGUUGGAACUGGAUGAUGUUGAAGGUCCUUUCCGACCCAAACCAUUCAAUGAUUGCUGAUGUCAUAUAGACCAGUGGAACAGCUUUAGUCUAUAACUCAGCAACUUUGGCUGCUCUUUGGAAAUGUGAAGGUCUCUCUGGCUUAUUAAUAAAUUAAAGUAAUUUUUUUGAUUAUUCCAGAGAUGGAUCUGUUCUGAUUUAGAGGUUCUCAUUCAAGAUCUGUUGACUUGAUUUGAGUACAAGACGAUGAACAAAGAAUCAGAUUGAGAUCUGUGUGGAUCCAGCAGAUCCUGUGAAAAUCACAUCUUUCUUCUUGGUUUGUUUGGGGUUUUUUUUCAGUUUGCAUAGGUACAGAGCGUUGAAUAGAAUUAUAGCUUAUUUGAUUAGUACUUUUAAUUGAAUUUACAGAAAAUUCAUCAUUGUUGUUUGCAGGGCCUAGGUUUGCCUUGUAAGAUUUCAGUUUCUGUAAGAUUAUUUAACAGUGAUACUAAGAGAACUUUGGUCUCCAAGACUGUUGUAAACAUUGUUGCUAAUAAAAUUUUCCAGAAAAGCCUUCAGGCAUAGUUGUUACUUGCUAAAACAAUUUGGAAAGAUCAAAAGGCAAACACUGAUCAUCUGUCUCCCUACUUCAAAGACUCUGAUUAUACAGGCUACGUAUUUAAAUGAAGUAAGCGGUUCACUUGUAAAAAGUUUCUUUGGUGGAAGUUUGUAAAACCCUUUAGGAGUUUAGGAAGUUGGUCAUCUACUUUGUACCUUUGUGCAUUGUCUUUGAUGGGGAUAGUAUUGUGAUGGAAAUUUCUGUGACCCUAUAUCCCAUCCUGCUGGUCCCCUCUCCCCUUGCCCCAAAGGUUAUGUUUGUCAUUGAGCAUUUGAAAUGGUUUUGCCUAAAUGGAGAACAAUAACCAGAAAAUGUUUCCUGUUUUGUUUUGUGAAGUGUAGUGAAAACUUGUAGAUGAAGAGUGCUCUGCUGUCUUCUGUCACCUGCAAGCCUAAGUGUUUAAAUCUUGGAAUAACUACAUUUUACUGUGAAAUAGGGUCAGGAAAGAAAUGUGAUACCCCCUCAUUGGUUGCUGGUAAUUACUUAUUCUUGCCCGGUUAGCCGUGGUGUCUGGGUACAGACAUUCUUGAUGCUGCUGUCUGUUCUUUCGCUCAUAGCUAAGCAGAUAUGGUGAAUAACCUGGGAAGCAGCUGCAAAAUAAACUGGUGGCUGCAUAGUGAACUUGUGUUUAUUACACUAACAAAAAUCACCAAACCCAACGACAUAACAGUUUUGUAGGUGGAGCAGGGAACUAGAUCUCUCAUCUGUUGUGGAUACAUCUCAAUACCAUUUAUUCUUAUUCCAGAGCUGCUCAUUAAACCGUCUACCACUAGAAAAGAAUUUAACUCCAUGUAUUUUGAGGACAGAAUUUAUCCUUGUAUGAAGAUGCUGAUAAAAAUGGAAUGCAAAUUUGGAGGUAUACCAGUCCCUUCAAAUUAUAGGCUGGGUGAAGAGUUUUAUUUUACUAAAAAUGGCCUUUUAAAAAUAUUUUGUGAGUUUUUCUUCCCCCAUAUUCUGAUGCAUUUGUUGUUCCCACCUUGAGUUACAGAUGAUGUGUGUCUUAGCAAAUUGUUCAUGUUUAUGGAUGUACUAGGUCUACCUAGCAAUAAAAUGCUAAGUAAGACCAUUCAUCACAUGUCCUUACUGUUUUUCUGGACUCCUCUUUUAAAGCAAUACUUUGUCUGUAGAAGAAAAUAGGGUCAAUGACUUCCCAUUGGUCUUGUUUUGUUUUCCUCUCCUUGUUUUUGAUUCCUUUCAUGGCAACCUGCCUCACCACUGUUGCAGUGUGUGCUUGGGUAAAAAAAUUUCUCCAAAGCCUGCAGAAGAGAAGACCAUCCCAGGCUUUUGUGUCUGAGCUUUCUGCUUGUAGACAGGUUCUUGGCCUGGAAGGUAAUGAGCUGAGGGAAACGAGCAUUGUUGACUGCCGUGCAUUGGCUGGUAACAGUAUGCUGGAAGAUCUGCCAGAGAGUAAUGAAAGCAGCGCAGUCAGAGAAACUGACCCCACAGCUGCAGAGGAGUGCGUUGGCCAGAGCAGGUAGGCUGAGUCUGAGAAGAAAAAAGUAAAGGAAAUUUCUCCCCUGCUUUUAAAAAAUCCAAAGACAAGGACUGCUCAAAGUCAAAGAAAAGAGCAACUAUUUUCUCUCCUGGAUAUUUUGUUUCCAUGCUUGUUUUUUCAGGUACCUUGAAAUGUCACAGGUUUGUUGUGGGGUCUUAAGAUGAAAUAGGCUAUACGCUCCAGCCUCUCAGAUUUUCCUGUCCACCAGGGAGCAGGUUUAUCCCAAGAGGCCCUUUUCUUCACCUGCUUGCUACAGGUAACAAAGGAAGCACCAAAUUAAACUCAAAACCUUGCUAUAUAGGUAUAUUUCUCUUUGUCUAAAUCCUCACUGCAUUCCUCAACAGGAUUCCAAAAUGUUUCAUGGAUAAGGGUAUAAACAGCAUGCCUGUGACAUACAAUACAGUACAAUACAUGCAAUAAAAUCAUACACGAAUGCCUAAAGCAUGUCAUUAUGAUGCUCUUCACAGCACUUGUGUGGAGAGAGUAAGGGGAUGUUUAUUCUAUUGCUGAGACAUGAAAACAAGGACAAAAUUGUCACUUGGGUCCGAGCCUCAGGGGGUCUGUUGCAGGGCAAUAAUGGCUCAUCCAGUGGAUGCCCCAGUCUGUGGAUUAAGUAUCUUUUCUUUGAAAGCCUGCGACAUUUCCUGUGCCUGAGAGUUUCUUUGAGGGAGAAGCAGUGAACUUGGCCAAGCAGGCUGGCCACUGUCACCUUUACCCUU